GCCCUUUCUUUUAAUAAAAUCAGAUCAUCGCACCUUUAGCCAGAUUCCAUGAUGUAGGAUGCCAGACUGACGCUCCACAAACCAUGUCAGUGGGCACGAGGGUUUUGAUACUUCCAAAAAAGGUGACGGUCGGCACACAGCUGGCCUGGGGUACUCUGAAGCACAGGCACGUGAGAAGCAAAGGCAGCCAGACAACAGAGUCCUCUCUCAGAGUUGGCAACGAAACGUUUUCCAGUCACCCAGGUUUCCAUUUGCCCUCGACAUCUAUAGAGACACCAGGUUUGAGGCCAAGAAAGAGGCCUCGUCUUGAGUUGGAGUACGAUAUGGAGGAGGAAGGAGAGGAGGAGGAAGAGGAUGUAUGGGACCCUACCAGAGAGGUCAAAAGUGAGCCUAAGGAAGCAAUGUACAGCCCUGUUGGCUCUGUCGUUACAGAGGGAUCCGAAACGCCACCCACGUACAGCGACUGCAAGUACAUCGUUUUUGAGAGUUGCCUCAAAGAGCUGUUCGACACCUGUCCUGUAUGUAAGAGGAGCUGUGAAGUCCUGCGGCGACGGAUGGGGACGUUCGUGGCAUUCACCCAGCUCUGCCAGAACUGUACUUACUCCAGACGGUGGCAGAGCCAGCCUGUGGUCGGGAGCACCCCCGUUGGAAACCUCCAGAUCUCAGCAGCCACAUAUUUCACCGGGUCAUGCUUCUCCCAACUGGAAAAGAUAUGCAAGGCCAUGCAUCUCCAGAUUUUUCCAUAUGACACCUUCAGGAAGCAUGCUAGGAGUUUCUUGCAGCCUGCUGUUGUCUACAAGUGGAAGGUGGAUCAGCACAAUCUCUUGCAGCAGCUACACCAGGGUGGAAAGGUCGCAGUUGGCGGAGAUAUGCAAACAACGGGUAAGCCAAUACUCUAA